AAACUGGGUGUCCUAGUUGAGGUGAUGAGCCGGGGAUGGGGUCCCUGAGCUGGGCACGGAUGCUCCUGGUCCUGCUGUGUGCCCUGCAAGAAGCCACAAGCCUGAUCGUGCAGCAGUGGCCCGUGUUCCUGAGGGUGACACAGGGCAGUCAGGCCACCCUGGGCUGCCGGGUGACUCAGGCAGGGGCAUGGGAGCGCCUCCGAGUGCAGUGGGCCAAGGACAGCGCUGUCAUGUGUCAACUGCUCCUUACCAAUGGCACCCACAGCCCCAGUGGGUGUGGCCCCCGGGGACAGCUGUUGUGGCCUGCCCCUGGGGACAUGAGGCUGCAGCUGGACCAGCUGACCCUCAAUGACAGUGGGGCCUAUGUGUGCCGGGCGACCGUGGAGAUUCCUGAACUGGAGCAGGCAGAGGGGAACCAGACGCAGCUCCUGGUCAGCACAGGUAGAUGGCUCACAACAGAACCAGAACGGGACACCCAGGGUCUCAGGACUCCUUUGGGUGCUGCUGGUGGCCGGGGGCGUGGCCACGGCUGCUGUCGCGGUGCUGGUCGCUGGGGUCUGGGGCCGCUGCUACUGCCAGCGAAAGGACUCAGAAAAUCCAUUCUACAGCAAUGUCUUGUACCGGCCCCGGGAGGUCCCAAAGAGGAGCAACGCCUGGCCUGGACAGGGGAAGGCGCUGGACACCCCCAGGGAGGACCAGAAGGCCCAGAGGGUCUACUGUACCUCUUUCCCCCAGCCCCCCACCCGCCUGCCACAGCCAGCAACCAAACCUCGCCUCAGCCCCGGGCCGGCCCACGCCAUCUCUACAGUCAGGGUCUCUCCUGGCCCAGGCACCUCAAAAUAGCCCAGGCCAAGAGGGUUCCCCAAAGCCACAAAAGGAAUCAGAGACCCCUGAAGGGCCCCAUGCAGACCUGGUCAAUGGCUACAUACACCGAUGCUCCGGAGAAAAGGCGGGCGUGGGACAGACCCAUCCCGGGACCCGUGAAGACAGGCUCUUUCCUUUGGCUCCAAGAUAUUCAAUAAAACUCUUGAAGAAGGCA